GCCAUGGCGCUCCUGCUCGCCGCUCUGCGCGUCCUCCUGGGCGGCUUCUUCGCGCUCACUGGGGUGGCCAAGCUCUCGGCGCAGAUCUCGGCCCCGGUGUCGGAGCAGAUGAAAGCCUUGUUCGUGCAGUUCGCUGAGGUGUUCCCGUUAAAGGUGUUCGGCUACCAGCCAGAUCCCCUGAGCUACCAAACAGCUGUGGGCUGGCUGGAACUGCUGGCUGGGUUGCUGCUGGUCGUGGGCCCACCGAUGCUGCAAGAGAUUAGUAACUUGUUAUUGAUCCUGCUCAUGAUGGGAGCUAUCUUCACCUUGGCAUCUCUGAAUGAGUCACUGAGCAUCUACAUCCCAGCCAUCGUCUGCCUGGUGUUCCUGCUGCUGCUGGAUGUCUGCCAGUUCUCAUCCCAAACUAAGAAAGUGGUCAGGCCCACUAGGAGGAUGACUGUAAAUGCAUUCAAGGAGUCCUGGAAGUAGGGUCUCUACCUCUGCCUGCCCCUGUCACAGCAGGGACAUGGUAGGACACACAGUCUACCACCUUGUUGCCAAUACAUCCAGAGUCAUCCAGUGUCGAAAGAGACUUCUUGUCUACCUGGCCCUGCUUUCUCUCUUUACUGCUAUUUUUUGAGAGGUACAUGUUAAUACAUACUAACAUUCCUCAUAUCAUAUGAAAAUAGAAAAUAAGCAGAACAGAAAUUAAAAUCAAUCAAAAUUCUAAUGCCCCCAAAUAACCACUUUUUAUCCCUUUGUAUACCUAUAUCUCUCAACUUUUUUCUGUGCCUUUAUAAAGAUACCUAUUUUUGUAAUGAAAUGAGACCAUAUAUCCU